AGCUCUAGGCUUGGACCAUAGUAUCUUCCUUGGGAAAAGAUUACAUUCUAGUGAGCCUGUACACCAGAGAGGCCUAUGGGUUAAAUAAAAAAAAAAUGUCGUUUGCUUACGACAAGGCGCGAGUGCUGCUGGAAGUUGUAGUGUCGUGUUACAUUUCCAAACCACAAGCUUCCUUGUUCCGUUCCUUACACGUCCCCGACUUCCGCACUUCCCGGGAGGUCAAACAACAUCGCGCGCGUGAGAAGUCCGUGCAAAAAAAAAAAGAAAAAUGGCUGGGCUCGCGGGUGGUCGGGAAUUAUAGUCCUAAUGUUCUCUCCUUUUAGUUAUGAUUUAGGGGGAACUGUUCUAACAGGACUACAAUUCCCAUUUGGCUAUGCGGCGCCAGGGACGAGCGAAGAAAUCAUGACAACAUGGCGGCCCGCUCUGGCCUGGUGGGAAUCGUAGUUUUACUAUCGUGAACGACCUUCAGAAUAAACAGACAUCCGGCAGAAUUAAAACUACAUUUCCCGAUAGGGUGCAGUUUUAACGGAGGAAAAGGAGGAGGAGAGGAGGAGGGAAGAGAAGAAGAGAGUUACAACAUGGCGGCUGCAUCCAUCCCCCAAAACUGGGAGCUGUGAGAGACGGAGCCCCAGGAGCUGGAGCAGCCUUGACUGUGCCAGGUCCUGUUUGGGGGCGCCAACCCCUUCCCCGUUUGCCCUUGCGGAAGUGAGGCCUGCACCCCUCAACUGUGUGUCGCCAUGGGGGUGCAAGGCUUCCAAGAGUUUGUGGAGAAGCGCUGCCCAGGGGCCGUGGUGCCUGUGGACCUGUUGAAGCUAGCACGGGCCGUAGGGGGACGUGGAGGUGGGGGUCCUGCCUACAGUGCCACCUUCCACCCUUCAGCCAGUUAUCCCCACCCAGCUGGGGCUGCACCAGGACUGGCACCUAUGGUUGGUGCUAGUCCAUACCCACACUCUCCGCACGCACCAGGGUUGGCACCCACAGCACCAUGCCCAGCUCGGCUCCUGGUGGAUGCAGAUUCUGCCUUGCAGCGCCUGUACGGUGGCUACCAGACAGACUGGGUGUGUGGGGGGCAGUGGAAUGCUAUGGUGGGUUACCUGGCUGCCCUUUCACAGGCCUGCCUCUACCAAGGUGGACUGGAGCUAGCUGUCAUUUUCAAUGGAGGACUUGGAAAGGAGAGGCUGCCCGAGUGGGGCAGGAAGGCCCAGGCUGAGAGACAGACAGCUCAGCUAAUUGCUGGACAUGUGGGCAACAAAGGCACUCCACCACCCCGGGCAUGGUUCCUUCCUCCUGCCUGCUUGGGGCACUGUGUUCGCCUGGCCAUGAUUCGGUUCCGUGUCAAGGUUUUCCAGAGCCUGGAGGAUCAUCAUCAGGAAGUGGUAUCCUUCUUCCGGGAAAAUGGCUUCCAUGGCCUGAUAGCCCAUGAUUCGGAGUAUGCCCUGUGCAAUAUACCUUCCUAUUACAGCUCUCAUGCCCUCAAGCUGAGCUGGAAUGGCAAAAACCUCACCACCAACCAGUUCCUCAUGCAGGAAGUAGCCAAGCAGCUGGGCCUCAAGCUGAGCAGCUUUCCCAUCUUUGCUGCCCUACUAGGGAACCACAUCCUUCCAGAUGAGGAUCUAGCUGCCUUCCAUUGGAGCCUGCUUGGACCAGAUCACCCACUGGCUUCACUCAAGGUGCGCGCCCACCAGCUGGUCCUGCCACCCUGCGAUGUAGUCAUCAAAGCUGUGUCUGAAUACGUCGGGUCCAUCAAAAACCCUUCCAACCUGGAUGUGAUAGGGAGAGAUGUCUUCAAACACUCCCAGUCCAGGACCGAAGAUAAAAUUGAACGUUUCAAGAAGGCCGUAGAAUAUUAUUCAGUGGCCACGAAGGCACCCCCUACGCCAGUGGGCCAAUCCCCGUAUGUUCUCCCAGGUUUUGGACCCAACCACUUUGCAGGGAUGGCACCUAUGAAUCGCAAUCCAAUGGUACCAGUCCCUUCUGGAAAGGCCAUGUUCACACCCCAGAUGGGGCCAAAGAUGCAGUACCAGCCACCUGCUCCACAUGGUGGCGUUGCCGCCUCCUCGUCGUUUCUUCCUGGCCCUGCUUCCAGUUUUCUCUUCUCUCCACACGGCCUGACGGAUACAGCCCCCUUCCAUGAGGACCCUGGCUUGAAGAGUGGACACUUCAACAACUGGCCAGUGUCUUAUGACAGCUGUCCCCCCAAGUUCCCCAACCACCACCUGAGCACCAAACCUUCCCCUUCAUCUGGGCCUGGUUCUUCACCUUCCUCCUCCUCUGAUGGAGAAGAACACAAUGGAGCCAGCUCCAACCACGUGUCCGAAACGGUGUCUCGCAAGUCUGGCUGGGAGGAUCCUGGGGGUGAAAAGAUGAUGAGCCAGGGCUGGGGGCAGCCUCAUGGGGGUGCUGGCAACUCAGAGAGGAACCUCGGUGGUGGACCUGAGGCCCAUAUCCCCUCGCUGCUCUCCAUGGCGACCCGCAACCACAUGGACAUCACCACCCCACCCCUGCCCCCUAUUGCCCCUGAGGUUCUUCGUGUGGCUGAACACCGGCACCGCCGAGGGCUGAUGUACCCCUUCAUUUACCAUGUUCUUACCAAGGGUGAAAUCAAGAUCCCAGUGUGCAUUGAAGAUGAGUGCAACGCUGAGCUGCCACCAGCAGCUGUCCUCUUCCGGGCUGCCCGGCAGUAUGUCUAUGGCGUUCUCUUCAGCGUGGCUGAGACCCAGCGGCGGAUGGAACGCCUGGCUGUGCGCAAGCGCAUCCCUGUGGAAACUCCUCCUGUCAUCAUCAAGGAAUGGUCAGCAUACAAGGGGAAAUCCCCCCAGACUCCAGAACUGGUCUCAGCUCUUGCUUUUUGGGAGUGGACUUGCCCCAACCUCAAGAAGCUGUGGCUGGGCAAAGCGGUGGAGGAUAAGAACCGACGCAUGAGAGCAUUCCUGGCCUGUAUGAAAUCGGACACACCUGGUAUGCUCAACCCUGCCAACGUCCCCACACAUCUGCUGCUCAUGUGCUGUGUGCUACGGUACAUGAUACAGUGGCCUGGGGGACGGAUCCUGCACAGACAUGAGUUGGAUGCCUUUCUGGCCCAGGCUGUGUCUGCUCAGCUGUAUGAACCAGAUCAGCUUCAAGAACUGAAAAUUGAGAAACUGGAUCCCCGGGGAGUUCAGCUGGCUGCUCUGUUUAUGAGCGGGGUGGACACAGCCCUCUUUGCCAACGAUGCUUGUGGGCAACCUGUGCCCUGGGAACACUGUUGCCCGUGGAUCUACUUUGAUGGGAAGCUCUUCCAGAGCAAGCUAAUCAAAGCCACUCGGGAGAAGGCACCUCUCAUAGACCUCUGUGAUGGACAGACUGAGCAGGUGUCCAAAGUAGAGAAGAUGAGGCAGAGUAUCCUGGAAGGCAUCAACCUCAACCGUCAGGCUCCACCUCCUCUGCUCCCACCUCCACCCUUUAUGUCAUCUAUGGCCCCACCCUUUUACCCAAUGCCUUUCUACCAUCGCACAAUUGGCUCUGUUCAGCCACCAGCUCCUGGGAGGACCAGAGGCUUCACAGGACUCCAUCCUAUCCCACCACAAGGAGGCAAACUGGAGAUUGCUGGCAUGGUGGUGGGCCAGUGGGCUGGGAGCAAACCUUCCCGUGGACAGGGCUCCUUUGGUAUGCAAGUGGUGUCAGUUGGAGGCCCAGGGAAAGGUCGUGGCCGUGAUGGCUCUGGGAAAAUCCCCAAAGGAAACAAGAAAGUGAACAAGCAAGGCUCUACUGAUGGAGCUGCAAAGAUGCCAGAGUGCAGCAGCAGCAGCAGCAGCAGCCGUCCUCAAUCCCAGCAGGAUGAUUCCCCACUCCUCUGGCUUCCACCACAAGAGCAACAGCGCAAACUGUUGCCUGGAAAGGUGACUACCUUGAUCUGGUCAGACCAAAGAAAGUACUUCUUCACAUCAUGUAAAAUUAACGUUUUUAAUUUGCUGCCACAGUUAGUGGUGAUGGCUACUAAUUUUGGAUAUCUUUAAAAGGGGAGUAGCCAAAUUCAUGAAGGAUGGGUCUAUCAAUUCCUUUUAGCCAUGACAGCUAAGUGAAACCUCCAUGUUCAGAAUCAGUUUGCCUCUGCUUGCCUCUCCAGCAAUUGGUAUCCUGUGGGGGAAGGAUGUGACCUUCGUGAACUGCUUGUGGGCUUCUCAAAGACUUCUGGUUGACUGCUGGGAGAAACCAGAUGCUAGAAUAGGUGGGACUUUCAUCACAACUAGCAAGACCCUUCUCCGAAGCUCUAUAUACAAGAACAUACCCUUUUUGUUUGAACUCAAACAAGUACCCACUCCCUGUGAGUUCAGUACUCAGUCACUGAUGCAAAUUAGAGUCACUACAACAAAUGUAAAUAUGUAUUAAAAUGACUGAGGAAGAGAAACCACUCUUUAAUUACUUUGAGAAUAUAAAAGGACAGUUAAAAUGUGCUUUAAUGCAAGUGUUCAAACUGGGGGUUAGGAUUCUCUCAAGAGCUGAAACAUACUUUUAAGUGCUGGGCCUCUAGGAGCAAUCUACUGCUGCUAGAAAAUUAGUAGUGGCUGGAAGUCUUCUCUUGAAGACCUUGAAUGAGAACAGCUGGAGGAAGGAGCUACUUGCCUUCAAGGCUUAGGCCAAGUGUGCUGAGGAAAAUAGAUACCAUUCCUGUUUAAAAUCUUUGUAAUAUCUACUUGCCCUGGGUAACAUCCAGUCUAAAUUAUUCAUUAUUAAAUCCCAGUUAAAUUAAUGGGACUGAAGUUAGUAAUGACUAACUAGUCCCAUUGAUUUCAGGGAUACUUGGUCACAACUAACUAGUCUGGAUGCUGCCCCAUGAUUCAUAUGGAUGUGAUGGGGAGGAUCUUAGAAAUCAGAGUAUGCUGAGGAGGGAUAAGAAGUUUGAGACACUGCCCAUAAUAUGGAAUGUGAGCACUAAUGUAAAUUUAGUGUAUAAACUGCCCAGAGAUGUACAUAUUGGGCAGUAUAAAAAUAUGCAUGGCUGUUAUUAAUCUCUUUCCAACAGGACCUUUUGUAUCUUUUAAAAUAUAUAUAUAUAUUUACUCAAAGGAGCUGAAAACAAAACUUGAUCUUAGGAAGCCCCAGAAAUUCCUACUUGUUCAUAGUCCAAAGUUGAUUAAAAAGCGAAACUUUAUUUUAUUUGGAUGAGGAUCGAUGGGAAAUAGCAAGCUUGUAAAAUGUUCUGAAAGAGGAGGGAGAGAGAAAUCUAGAAAGACAAACAAGGUAUCACAUUUAUAGCUGGCCAGUAAGAGUAAAUUGUGAAUUAUCAACAUAAUCCUCUCUGUCCAAAAAGAACUGCGUUGUUGGUGCCAUAUUGCCAAGUAACUCCAAAGCUGGUAAAACCAAGAAAUGGUGCUUUACAAGUCUUAAUAGCUGGAGUCACUUGCAAAUUCCUGGGUAGCUCAAUUUUAAGUUUCUAGCCCUUAUGGUUGAAGUACAGCAUGACAUGUUGCCUUUCUAGGGCAAACUGAAGGCCAGCUGGUUUGGCACAGUGUCUUCAGUGCUGAUUAACCAGAUAUCUCUGGGACGCUCACAACCAUAUCCCAGUGGAAACAGCGAUUCCUUCUUUGUUCACAGCAACUGAUAAUCAUAUGGUCUAUCUUCCAUGGGUUUUGUGGAACAAUUAAAAAACAGAGUGGCGGGGUCUCUUAAUUGUUUGAAAUGGGAGAUGGUGGGAUUUCGUUCAUCCUUCUUCGCAUAACUGUUUCCCCCCUCCUCUCCUUCGUUCUAGUCAUUCCUUUUCCAUUCCUCUUGCAGCUCCUCAGCAAGUCUGAACAUACAAUUUCAGAUUCCUGCAAGGAAGCCCCAAAUAUACCUAACUGCCAAGUAAGCUCAAGUAUCCAGAUUAUAUGUAUGAAUGCAAAUUUGUCAGUUCAAAAUUCACUCAUAUGCAGCAGAAUGAGGUGGAAGAGUUCUGAGGUGGUAUAAUGGACAGUGCCACUUCAGAUUGUUUUUAUAAAUGUUUCCCUUUUUUAAAAAACCAAAAAUUAUCAUAAGUUGAAAAUAACCACAGCAGGGAGAAAGCUGCUGACCUAGCACCCUUCUUUCUAAUGUACUAGUUUUGUGUAGAAGAGGUGGGGUGUGGGUCCUACCUGCCAUCUAACAUGGUGAAUCAGUUUCUUCCACCUCAUUCUGCUGUAUGUAUAGACCAGGCCUCAAUGUGACUCUUCAAGCACUGGACUCUAGGCAGACUCCUGGAUUCAGAAUUCUAGUAUAGAAAGACCAACCAGUGUUUGAUUUGAGCAUUGUAGAUUCCAGUUCCAGUCUGAAGUGGUUGUAAGAGGAGCCAGCUUACACAAAUAAAAGCACUUACAACCUUGGAUUUCAGGGAAAGAUCUUUCCCAGCUCGUGGCAGUCCUUAACAGGGAAAGUACCUUGGAGUACUGAAACCUGAAACCCUGAAGGAGCAAAGCAUGCACUUUGUCUGAACUAUUGAUUCCUUCAUAAAAACUACUAAGUUACUGUGGAGGCAAGGUAAGAAAUCCAGUCCAGAUCUUGAGACACCAAGGCUGUGGGAUGCGGUGGAAUCCAGACCUGUGUUUCUUUCGAGGUGCUCUCACCUGCUGUGAUGGUAGAACAAGGCAGAAUUUAAAAUCUCACAUCAAGGAUGUUUCAUGUAGGCAUUUCAAGGAACAUCCUAGCUUCAGCUUCAAAUGGAUUAAACCAGUUGUUUAACUGGAGGUAGUGGGGAAGAGUGAACAAUGUUAAGUUUUCAUUGUUGUGCCCUUCAUCAUUGAAUGUGCUCUGGUCUAGGUCUGACUUGAUGCAGAGGAGUACCCAUUGUUUUCCCAGGGUUAGGGGUGGGAGGGGUAAGUAUGAUGUUCUGACAUGAUGCUUCCUGUUACAGAAGCAGAAAAUCAUUUAACAUCCUCCCUCAUCCCCCUUGGAGUGGAAUUCCCAAGUGGGGUUUGGGGAGUGUGUUGGAAUCUUGAAAAGGUGUACCGGGGAGUAGGGAUUGAACGCCCAUUUUUGUUGGGAUGUUUCAGCCACUUUAACUUGACAGUAUUUACUGGGGAAGAAAGAAUAUUUCCUCUCCUGACCAACAGCAUAGAUUUCCAAGCAACUUAACCAUUGCCAGUUCUGAGGUCUAACCCCAGAACUAGAAAGACGCCUACCUGCUUGGUCAGAUAAUCACACAGGUCUCUCAGCAGACAGGUAUAUCAAUAAUAAUAUCAAGCAGCCCAGGGGGCAGUUGGAGCUGUGUAUGUAUUCUAUUUUAUUUGUCGUCUUGUACCAUAUUUCCUAUGUUUGAAAAGUGGAUUCCUUUGCAGUUGGAUCAGAUUUCUUUUCUUUUCAGCAAUAUAACCAGGCAAACUAUUGAUUGUAAAAGGUAGAGGGAUUAAUUGGGCUUUAUUGUCUGUGGAAGUAAAAGGUACUAGCUGUUCUCAGUGCCAUUCUCAGGUGCAAAUUAAUCCCUCCUAGACUCUUAUCAAGAAAAUACUAUUGUGAAGCCCUUGUCAGUCUGCUGUGAUUCUGCAGGUGUGCAAAAAAUGCAGAAUGCGAUAUUUGGAGCAGAAUUCAGCUUCUUGAAAACCUUGGCUUUUUUGAAAGUGUGUGGGCAAUGCCUGGUAAAGUCUUAGCUGCCAGAGGGUGGCUAAAUAAGAUUUACAGUGGUUGGGGUACAACCUUUAACUCCUCUCCCCUUCAAUAACUUUUAGAGCCAGGCUUAAUUAGGCAAAAUAGUUAACACUGAAAAAUCAGUGAUGCAAAAUAAGACUGCAGAUUUGCAUAACUUAUACAGGCAGCAGAAUUCAGUGUUUGAAGAAUUUCUUAAUCUGUUUUGUCUCGGGAGUACACACAACCCUAAUCUUUUACCUUCCCAGCUUGGGGUGGGGGUAGGGGGAAAUUAUUUGAAGUAUUUUUCAUCCCAAAGCUCUUUGACAAACAUCCUAGAUAGCUUUUCUCUCAAUUUGUAGUAUCAGUUUUUAAACAUAGAGGAAAUUUUGUUCAGAAUUGCUCAUUAUGCAGCCAAAAAGGCAGCAGGUACCAUGCAUCUUUAAAAUACCUUUUGGGAAUGUAAGGAGCUUCCAGGAUUGAAGGGAGGGGAAUAAUUUAACCUGAGCUAUUCUUAGGAGUCGAAAUUGACUUGACGGCACACUUUAACUUUUUUUAUCCUUAAUUCAGUCUUGCAUUAAAGCCAAAGAGGUAGAUGAAAAUUGCUAGCUUACUUUCUCUUGCUUGGUUCCAGACAAGAUGCCCUCCCUCAAAACGUUUCUUUGGGCUUGGGGUGUAUUUUGUCUUAGUUCAUCUCAAUAGUAAAAGGCUCCGCCUUCUUGAAAAGACUUAAGAAAUACAAUAAUGUUAAUGCUUCCACUGACUCAACUGUAUGUAAAAGGACGUCUCUGCACAUCUCUCCAUUGUGCAAGAGUCAAGCUGACAUUUUGUCCAUAACGAGAAAUAAUUGGAUUAACGUCCUCAAAAGUCCUGUUGGCUGUCACCUAGAUUGCAUUACAGUUUAGAGUCUUGCUUCUUUAGAAGGUGAAGCCUGCUUCCCUCUGGGUUGAGUCUUGGGACCCAUUGAUCAGAACUGCAGCCACUGUAUGUCUGUUGGACUGGAGUACUGUGCUUAAACUAGGAUGACUUAGAGAAGAGAAACAUGUUCCUCUAUUGAAAUAUGGCCUUUUCUAAUGUUAAAACAGCUUUUUAGCAGCAUCUUGGGGGAAACUAUGCUAACUCCCAAGCCAAAUGGUUCCAUUAAUGCUAUCUGAUGCUAAUAGCUGAGAUAUUAGCUUCUGAGACCAGAAAUUGGAAGCAUGUGUAGAUAUACCAUGUAAUAAAUUGCUGGCAUGAUAGCCACGAGUUACAACUCAUUUUGAAUGACAAAAGGUUACUUUUUCAAAUUGAAACUCUGAAAUACCAAACUGCAUUUAAAUGCAAAUUCCAAAAUCCACAGCUACCAAAUGCAGGAUUUUGGCUGUAAAAGUUCACAUUUUAGACAACUCAGAAAAACGGUCCCAGGUCUGUACUCCGACACAAGCUUUCUUUCAACAUUUCAGAUUCUAGAAAUUGGUUGCACUUCAGAUGUGUUGGUGAAAGUGAUUUUAGCUGUUUCUCCCACAAUCGUUGAAGGAGAUAUGACAGCAGUACAUAGUGUUUGUGAUCCAGAGAAGCAUGAAGGGAGGCCUCUUUCGCAAACUUUCCAGAAAGCUGUCCCCUCAGCAUUGCAAUCUGCCUGUGGAAUUCAGGCACUGUAAAGCAAUUUGUGGUGCAGCACAAGCAGCCUGCUUUAUGGGGGGAAAGAUGAAAACAAGGCCCCCCCCCCCGUAAAAAUGCAGCUAUUUGCACAAUGUGAAGGGGCAUGGAUGGAUUUCAGUUAUCAUGAAAUGAUGGCAGCACUGUGCCAGCAUCAGCUUCACUUAGUGAGGGUGGGGUCUGAAGGCCCCAAAGGUUCUAUUUAACUAAGUCCUUGCGUCUUUCUGAGAAUGGAGUCCUGAAGUGGAGUAUUCUUGCUUUUUAUUACGUACAUACGUGCAACACUAAAUUUUCCCUGGGGCUCACUCCUCAGGUGAUAAGAUCUGGCAGAGUUCUUUUAAAAUCACUGGCUCUGCACCCCACAUUCUGAGCCAUAGAUCCUAAUGGAGAAAGGUCUGAUUCACACCCAACUAAGGGGAUACAGUUUGUUGAGAAUAAUUGCUAUAUUCUCGAUGCUAGGAAUUCAUUGAAGGUAGUCUCUGAACCUUUUCCCCCCACCAUGCACUGGACCUCAAAUGCCAACAAGAAAGGCCUCCUCCUUUCAAGACAAAAUGUUUCUCAGUCCAGAUCUGCUUCCUUGAAGACAAAGGAACUUUUUGACAUGAGUUCAAGUAGGCGCAAACCUCAUCCUCUUGACUUCCUGUACUAGGCUCCAAUUCCAGACACACUUAAGCAUGUUUCUUGGUCUGGCAAGCUUCAUUAGGAUUGAAUGCAUACAAUCCUGGGCAUGGAUUUUUUGCAUGCUUCCUUCAUCGUUUUUCAGACUGGGGUGGGGGGCUUUAAAACCAACCAACCAAUAUUAGCUGCAUUUCUCUUAGAAGUCUCUUCAUCCCAUCCUGAGGCAGUAAAUGUGGAGUGGGACUGUGCCUAGCUGUUCACUAGCUAUGGCUGUGUGUUAAUUUAGCCAGUCAAUCAAAUGUUUUCAGAAACACAAAGUCCAAAUAUUCUUGCAAUAUAUAUAUAUAUAUAAAACAUGUGAAAAGACUGUGGAAUCUUUCCGGCGGAAGGUUUUAAUCUCUUUUCUUGUGUGGUUUAAGAUUCCACCUUUUUCUUGGAUUCAAAAGCAAAUAGUGAACCCCUUAGAUCCCUGGAGGGGGGUGGGGUAAGUCAAAGACAAACAAUAUGACAGGGACUUGAAUUCUUGUGGAGGGGGAUGGAGGUGUCCCUGUCCACAGACUAUAUAUGUAUACACUAGAUCCUGUGAAGAGGACACAGUGCCACCAAGUAGCCAAUUGGGGCAAAGAACCACCAUUUCCCCCUUUCCAUUAUUCAACUUGAAAAGGUAACCUAGGCUGCAGAUCCUAACCAUGCAUAUAUGGAUGUAAGCCCCACUGAAAUUAGUGGUGCUUACUGCCAAGUAAACAUGGUAAGGCUCAGGCUGCAGAAUCCUAAGUAAACUACAAUGUUCUUUUUUUUUUUUUUUUAACAUAGUUAGCAGAAUCUUACUACCAAUGUUGAACCAUUAUAGUAGCUAACUUACCUGACAUGUAUUUUUGCUAAAUAUGCAUGUUCUAUUUUUAAUUUUCAUUCUUCCCAUCUCCCCACCCCAUCACCCAGCAAUCUUGGUUUUAUUUGUGCUGAUUUUUUAAAAGUCAAUUUUAAAUGUUUUUUAAAAACCUAAUGAAAACAUACCUGUUAGAAACCCUUCCAUCUUUAAUUGCUAUUUACUGUUCAUUGCUUAAAGUCAGACAUUGCUCAUUUUCUAGUUAUUUUUUUCAGAUUAGAUUUUUUCUCUCUCUACAAUUUUGAAAGACCAACUCCCUAUCCCACAUGCACCUUACCUGUCUAUAAUAAUACCCUUGCAGAUGGGAUGUACACUCUUUCUGACUAUAACCAUUGCUCUUGUAUUUUGGUAGAUGCUUUGUUGAUAGUAACUAAAUGCCUAGUAAGAUUUUAAAAGUAAAAACUCCAAUCUGAGUUGUUAUUUUAAGCCAAUCUUUCCCCUCACACACCCUCCUUGAGUAACCUUGAAGUUGCAUUUUUAUCAUAUAUAAAUAAAUAUAUAUAUAUAUAUAUCCCCACCACCAUCCUUAAAAUGUUUAGCCUAAGAUUUUUAGCUUUAAAGAAAAAACCAAGAAACCAAUCUUGUUGCCGAACAGAGUAAAUCUGACUUUUUUUCUUGUUAGUGAUCCCCUGUCAAUUGCAAGUUCAUGCUUUUAUUUAUGAGGGAAGUUGAUGAUACAUUCAUUAUUUCCUCCUUCCUUUAUUUUUAAUUUAAAAAGUUUACUUCUUAUGCUAUUAACACCUGUUCUUAGUGGAUGGAUAAAUGUUAUCUUUACUACCCCUCACCCCAACCUUGAUAUCGGAUCCCCAACUCCCCUACCCCUGCACCCCACAAGCUCCAUAGGUUGUUGGGUUUUUUAAUCAGUGUAAGUUUUGGACAGGUUGCUCUGAAUCAGGGGAAACUCGCAGUAGGUUUGCAAACAGAAAGCUUGGGUGUCUUUUGGGAAUGUUUUUGCUGGUGGAAUCUUGGUGCGUUGUUCAUCUAUUGAUGAUGGAGAGAGACUUACAAUGCUUAAUAAAGUCUAUUCUUUUAGUAAAAAAAAGUGGUGUUCCUCAUUCUUAGGUCGAGUUCUCAAGUGGUUCAGAAAUCUUAGAUAGCCCUGACAUUCAGGAUUCUGUUUGCUACAUCUACACAGAAAAAGCACAGAAUGUGGUAUUGGAUGAAUGAUGAAAUCAGCUUCAUUAAACUUUCAAGUUUUGAAAACAA